AUGACUUCCACAGCUAAAGGGAGCUCCCAAAACGCAUUCCUAUCUCUCCGAGCCAGGUUGCGCACGCCCGAGUGCUCCACGCAGCAGUUCUCCGGGCGAGUGGCCAGGGCCACGCAUCUGGACGGAGGGAAGAUCCAAGAGCAUCUGCAGUGCGAGCUCAGGAAAGUUCUUGCUGCGCAUCUCAGUCCAGAGAAGCAAGGAGAUGGGAUUUCUGUGGGCCAAAACUAUGCUUUACUGGAACAACUUGCGAACUCGCUCGCCACAACGGGAUCCAAGCUGCAUCAUCAGAGCACAAGAGAGAUCGAAAAUGUCAACGAAGCAAUCCAAAGCCAGAUUGAUGAUUUUUCUUUCGAGUCGAAUGCAGCGCUAGCCAAAAGCGCCAAGCUAUACCAAAUCAUUGCCCAGCCACUUGCCGAGCUUGCAGAACCCAGCGCAGACGAACAAGAGGAUACCGUGCUUGAGCGCAUGGCUCUGCUACACGGAGAAUUUACUAGUGCCAACGAUAAAAUUGAAACCCUCCACGAGCAAUGGCAAUCGUGCGUGCGCGCAGAGCAGGAGGCGUGGAUGCGGCUGACGGAUGCCGACAACAAGCCGCGAGAAGAGUUGCAGCUGCAAGACUUUGUCGACAGCAUAGAUGAGGUCAUGCUCAAUGGCGAAUCCAAGAUAAAUGAUAUAGAUGCCGAAUAUGCCGAAUAUAUUCAAGUCGAGAGCCUGAAAGUGAUGCAAACACUCAUGGAAGGGUAA